AUGUGUCCAGCUGAGGCCGAGCCGCCUCAAGCCGGUGCUGCAGAAGUCAGUCCGGAGUCAGAAGGAGCCAAGAUUGCUACAACCCCGCCGUCACCAGCUCCACCCGCCCCGGGAGCUCAGAAAACCGCGGAACCAGUAUCAGAGAGCACGGCAGCGGCAGAUGUUACCGUGGAGGGUAGAGAAACCCGGCGGGAAACCAGCUGUGGCUCGAGUGGCGCUCCGUUCGACGUAGGGACGGCCUCGACCCCGGAGCAUUCACAGCAAGCAUCAGCAGGAACAGCAGCACCGAGGCCGGCAGCUGCAACGGUGCAGACGGCGACCACAGAACACGAAAAAAAUCCCACAUCGAACGACCUAGGAGGAAAUACAAGCGCCUUCGUUGAUGUCAUGUAUAACCUGCUGCGGCUCGUAUUGAUUACUCGCGUUGAGGCCGGGCGGCUGUUGCUGGAGCGCCUACGGGCGGCGCUGCUGCAGCAGGCAGCAGCAGCAUCGGCGUUCGCCGCGUCCCUCAACGUCGCUGCCGAAACUCUUAAACCCCUCUCCACGGAGUCCAAGUACGUGGGAAAGUGGGCAGAACAGCAGAAAAGCAGGGUAGCGGAUCGAACAGAGCUGAGGAGCUACAGUUGUCUCCUAAGCAACUCAGCACUCCAAGCCAAGGAGCUCUGCGACGCUCUGCGCAGAGAUGUUGUGGCUUCGACGCUCGAAAGGACGAUUGAGAACCACGCCCAAAGCUACAGUUGUCUCCUAAGCAACUCAGCACUCCAAGCCAAGGAGCUCUGCGACGCUCUGCGCAGAGAUGUUGUGGCUUCGACGCUCGAAAGGACGAUUGAGAACCACGCCCAAGUGAAGUUGGACGCGGCGGAGGCCCAAAGGAGAAAUCAUUUAGCCGCAGUGGAGCACCAACGGCACCUGCAGCGUGUGCACCAGCUCAUUCUUCAUAGAUAUGCAUUGUGUUGCGCAGGCAAUGGAGAAAUAUCUUCGCUGCAGCAAGAUGGCGGCAGCAGCAGCGGAGACAGCGCAGGCGUCACUAACUAUGUUGCCAACGACAAAGACGGAACUGGCACUCCAGUUGGUCUUUUAUACAUCCGCUCUUAUUUCCUUUUCCUGAUCGUUUUGCACCUUGCUGACCCUGCUGAAGUCUUGCCCGCCGGUGCUGUGGUUUCUGCUAUGAUAAGUAUUACAACUGCUUCUCCCUUUUGCGCCAGGUGCAUCCGGCUCUGCGUGGAGGCUCGUCAGGCGGAGGAGGCCUACGUGGCCUCUGUGCAGGCCUUGCAGCAACGUAGCAAGAUGACACGAGAGAGGGUGCAGAGUAUUCUUUCUUGCCUGGAAGAGAUGGACGUGAAGCGUAUGCAGUGCCUCCGGGACGCCUUGACAAGGGCGGGGGUCUUUGUAGCAGCAAAUCUCAGGCACAUGCAAUACGAUUUAGACCGCUCCAUUCAAGUGGGCUACUGCUGGGGUUAA